GGUUUUGUCAAUAAAUUUUCGGAGAAAUAAGAAUUAGGUUAUGUUAUUUUAUCAUCAAUCAAUGGAAUUUAGAAUUUUGCUUGAGUACAGAAUUUGUAAUAGAUAAGUAAUUGAUUUUCUGUUUAGUUUUGUUUAUUGAUGGUCAGUGAAUAUCUCAUUAUUCCAUACGUUGUACAAUCCGUAAAUAUCAAAAGUUGGCUGGCUCUGCAGAGUGUAGAUUUAAUCUCUAGUUAUGUUUGGUUAUUAUAAUGUAUUUUGAUUAUUAAGAUGCAAAGUGUGAUUUAACUUGGGUUUCUGUUGGUGAGUUAUUGAUUUGUAAAAUGUCACUAAGACUAGAUUUCGUAGACAAAUGGACAGUUGACCAGUAUCGUGAUGCUUUAGAUACUGAUGAACAGUGGGAUCUGAAGAGGAAUUUUAUGCUAGCUAAUUGUGAAUCUUUUCCGGUUGAAAAACUUUUGUAUUUUACAGAGAUUUUCUUCAAUAUUACAUUUAGAAAGUGCUCCUAUCCAUUUUCAAUAAUGACUCAAGUGGAAGAAAUGUCAAAAGAUGUUUUCACCAGCAAGCAUGCUGUACUGCGGAAUAGAUUUUAUAAGACAUUAGUUGAAGUAUUGAGGUCCAAACCACAGAGUCAUAUCGAAAGACCAACCAGUUCCAAUGAAACUACACAACCAAGUGAAAAGACUCAUGAUAACUAUUCGCCAUCCUUUACUAAGAGAAAUCAAGAUUUCCUUUUUGAUCGAGAUAACUCCGGGAAUAUGACUGAAAUGAACAUUCAAAACAGUGAAACAUCUUCUAUCAAGAAAGUUGGUGUUCCUCAAAACCCUUCUCCAAUUAGGGAGGACCGUGGAGGUAGUAUUUUGGAUACAGCUUUCCACACCAUCUAUGGUGAUUACGUAUUGCAUGAAGAUGAUGGGGAAGGUGUUGAUAAUUCUUCCAUGGCUCCAAAUUUGCAGAGCAUCUCAUCAAAAUCACUUUUUUUGCUUCAUAAUAGUAACAAACGUGAAGAUAAAAGUUUAGAAUAUCAUAGUGAAAUUUGUAGGGAAGCAAUGGUUAAAGAUAACAGUUCUUUAGAAAAGAGAGAUAGUGAUUUGCCUCUAGAGAAUCAUCGCCAGUUGAAAAAUUCACUUGUCACUGAUAAGAUGGUUGAAAGAAUAAGAAGUAUUUUAGAGAAACAUCGCCAAUCAAAGGUUCCACUGACCACUUCGAAAACAUCUGUACUCCCAGCUUAUGAUAACAGGAAAUCUACAAGUGUAAACAAUACAAAUCUUGAGAGCAUAAAUAUUAAGCUGGAGAAAGAUAAUGGGAUAAAUCCAGACCAAGCUGAUGAACCACUGAAAACAAAACUUAUUCCAUAUUCUGUCUUAUCAAAACUAAGAUCAGAUUUGUUAACCGAAAUCAGAUCAAAGGAGAGAGAUGGAAAUUCUCGUUCACGUGAACCUGACCAGAAAGCUGAUAAAUCCAGAAAAAAUAAUCAGAAAGACAAAAGAUCUGAUCGGGCAUGCAAGAAAGAAGGUAGGUCUGAUUCCAGAGAACUAUGCAGAUAUUCUCCAGAACGUGGACAUCAUAGUAGAAAAGACAAAUCUUCAGAACGUGGACAACAUACUAGAAAAGAUAUAUCUCCAGAACAUGGACAUUAUAGUAGAAAAGACAAAUCUCCAGAACGUGGACAACAUACUAGAAAAGAUAUAUCUCCAGAACAUGGACAUUAUAGUAGAAAAGACAAAUCUCCAGAACGUGGACAACAUACUAGAAAAAAUAUAUCUCCAGAACAUGGACAUUAUAGUAGAAAAGACAAAUCUCCAGAACGUGGACAACAUACUAGAAAAGAUAUAUCUCCAGAACAUGGACAUUAUAGUAGAAAAGACAAAUCUCCAGAACGUGGACAACAUACUAGAAAAGAUAUAUCUCCAGAACAUGGACAUUAUAGUAGAAAAGACAAUCUCCAGAACGUGGACAACAUACUAGAAAAGAUAUAUCUCCAGAACAUGGACAUUAUAGUAGAAAAGACAAAUCUCAGAACGUGGACAACAUACUAGAAAAGAUAUAUCUCCAGAACAUGGACAUUAUAGUAGAAAAGACAAAUCUCCAGAACGUGGACAACAUACUAGAAAAGAUAUAUCUCCAGAACAUGGACAUUAUAGUAGAAAAGACAAAUCUUCAGAACACUAUUCUGAUAGAAACAAAUCAAGAAAGCUGGAUAAUGAUGACAGAUCUGUGAAAAGAAGGCGUGAUGAUUCAACUCAUUGUAGGUCUCCAGUAUCCAGGCAUAAUAGUAGAAAUUCCAGCAUGUCCAAUGAUGAUGAAUGUUUAAGAAGAAGGAAGGAUAGAGAUUCUCCAACAAGUGGUGAAUAUGAUGAUCAAAGGUAUUUGAAUGAUAGACGUCUAGAACCCAGACCACUUUUUAGGAGGCGCUCAAAUUCUGACUCUGACAAUGAUGGGAAAGACUGCAGGUCGAGGAGAAGAUUGGAAAAAGGUUCAGAAUUUCACAGGGAUAGAGACAGAAGAUUGAAGGAAAUUACUGAUACCGACAGACUUUCCUAUGAACAGCGAAGUGGAUCAUUUGGAGUUGGAGCGUCAAUGGAUUAUCAACCACAAGCAAAUUGUAAUCAACCUCAACCUGAUUAUCAUCAGCCACAACCAAACAGCCAUCAGCCUCCAGUCAACUUGCAUCAACCUGAAGCUAUGUAUCCUCAGCCUCAAUCCGUGUAUCCUCAAUCUCAAUCCAUGUAUCCUCAACCUCAAUCUAUGUAUCCUCAACCUCAACCCAUGUAUCCUCAACCUCAACCCAUGUAUCCUCAACCUCAAUCUAUGUAUCCCCAACCUCAACCCAUGUAUCCUCAACCUCAAUCAAUGUAUCAUCAACCUGAAGCGAUGCAUCACCAAUCUCAACCUAUGUAUCCUCAAUCUCAAGUCAAUUUCCAUCAACUACAAUCAAAUUUGUACCAGCCUCAACCAAAUCUUCAAAACAGCCAUCUCAGUGAAGGAAUGACAAACUGGGGUCAAACAAUGCCAUCACAGGCAACAUUGAUGGGGAAGGGACAGAAUAGCAAGCUCCCUCCAGGUAAAUCUACAAUUACUUCAAGCCAUGCCAAGGCUGUUCCUAUAAAAGUGCAAAAAGUAGAUGGUAGUGAAACUGUAAUUAAUCCAAGAUCGAUCACUUCUUUGGACCAACUCAAAGGAAUUGGAAAUCUCUUAAACAAGACUGCAAGUGACCAAACUGCCUUUGAUGGACCGGCAGAGCCCUCAAAUGUCAACAUAUUGAAACAGGUUCCAAGAGCUCAGAACCUAGAUUUGAAUUUCCAUCAACCACAAUCGAAUUUGUACCAGCCUCAACCAAAUCUUCAUAACAGCCAUCUCAGUGGAGGAAUGACAAACUGGGAUCAAACAAUGCCAUCACAGGCUACAUUGAUGGAGAAGGGACAGAAUAGCAAGCUUCCUCCAGGUAAAUCUGCAAUUACUUCAAGCCAUGCCAAGGCUGUUCCUAUAAAAGUGCAAAACGCAGAUGGAAGUGAAACUGUAAUUAAUCCAGGUUCAAUCAUUUCUUUGGACCAACUCAAAGGAAUUGAAAAUGUCUCAAACAAGACUGCAAGUGGCCAAACUGCUUCUGGUGGACCGACAGGGCCCUCAAAUGUAAACAUCUUGAAACAGGUUCCAAAAGCUAAGAACCUAGGUAUAAAUGCAGUGGCAAAACCAAACAAAAUGAAGACUAGUGCGGAGACAAAAUCAGAGACAAUGUGGCGGUAUUCCACUGAAUUUCUACCUUUCCAUGCUUCCUAAUGUAUCUUUGAUUUUGUCAUUACAAAAUUGAACAAAGAUACUCAGUAAACCAGUGUGUUUUAAACACACACCCACAGUGACUCAAACUACUAAUUAGAACUAGGUAAAAACUCCCCUGUCUCAAAAUCAAAAGACUAGUGAAUGUGUAUCUUGAAGUGCAUUAAUGGCUAAACUCACAGUGUCUUCAACUUCUAAUAAAAAUAUAAAAAACCGUCCACAUCUCAAAAUCAAAGUGAAAACGUUCCUUCAACAUCUAAGAGUGUUGAAACAAGUAAAGUGUGAAUCCUAAUUGUAAUCAGAUACAUCAACACCUCAAAACGAAGAGGCAACCAGCAGUGCGAACGUUCCUUUAAAACAUGUGAGAGUUGCAUCAUGUAAACCCUCUGUGUCUUCAACUCCCGAAAUAAUCAAAGAUGCACCUUCCUCGUCUAAAAGCAAAGAGACAGCUGCAAAUGUGAAAGCUCUUUCGAAGACUGUUGAUGUUCAAACUAAUAAACCCGUGGUGUCUCCAGCAUCCAAUAGAAACAUGAAAUACCUUCCCUAUCUCAAAAUAAAA